ACCAUCUACUCAUCCAGACUUAGCUAUGAAUUACAGCAAUACUGGUGUGAUACAGCAAUCAAUGGGUAAUUAUGCCGUGGCAUUGUCAUAUUCUGAGAAAGCUCUUCAAAUUAUGGAGAAAUCUCUUCCACCUACUCAUCCGAGUUUAGCUUUGAAUUACAACACUAUUGGUUUGAUACAGCAAUCAAUGGGUAAUUAUGCCGUGGCACUGUCAUAUUAUGAGAAAGGACUUGAAAUCAUGAAGAAAUCUGUUCCACCUACUCAUCCAGACUUGGCUUCGAAUUACAACAAUAUUGCUAGAGUGCAUCAAUCAAUGGGUAAUUAUGUCAUGGCAUUGUCAUAUCUGGAGGAAUCACUUGAAAUCAUGGUGAAAUCUCUUCCAUCCAAUCAUCCAAAUUAUGCAGCCUAUUACAUAUGUGUUGGUGAGACGCAUCGAUCGUUAGGUAACUAUACAACAGCACUUUCAUAUUUUCAAAAGGCACUUUUAAUUCAACAAAAAUCUCUUCCGCACGAUCAUCCUGAUGUGGCUAAGACCCUUACAUUUAUCAGUAUAGUUCAGCAAUUGACAGGCAACGAUGCGCUAUGGUAUUCCAGUGCUGGGAAAGCCUUAGAAAUUCAACAGAAAUAUAUUGCAGACAAUCACGAAAUACUCACUAGUUCUUCUUAUAAUACUGAAGCUAUGCUGGAAUGUACUAAAUAUGGGAUCGAAGGAAUAUCACAGAUGAAGAGUGCUUCAGAGUUAAGUCAGAAACUACUAUCCACCGAUUAUUCAACAACAGUUUCUGUCGACACUAGCAUAGACGAAGCUGAAAAUUUGAUAAAAACAUGCUCAGAUGGACUUUCGAACUUGGAAAAUAUGCUUCAAAUAGCACAAAACUCAUCGUCGAUGAAUCAAAAUUAG